AACGAUUAUAUCCAAUAAUAUAUAUUUGACGAUCAAUUGAAUGUUGAAUAAAUGUUGACAUUUUCUUUUGUUUUAUAGAAAUGCAAUGUAGGCAGGAGUUUCGAAAUUUUUAUUUUUACUUUUCUUUUAUUUCAAUAGUCAUUCAGUAAUUUCGAAUUUCUGAUUAUUAAAAGGCGAAAAAAAAAUAAAAUGUCGAUUUUUAAUUACCUUCUAAUUUGUCAGUCGAAUAAUAUUUCAUACAACAAUCUUGUUUCACCAUAAAAUUGGAUAUUAAACCUUUCGAACUUCAUUUCUAAGCAAAUUCAAUCCAUAAAUUAUGACGUAUGUAGAGAAACGAUUGAUUUUACGCAAUGGACCACCAUGGGGAUUUCGUUUGUAUGAAGAUUUUAUGGAGGGAUUAAUCGUUGCCAAGAUAAGACGGCGUAGUCCAGCUGAAGCUGCAGGAUUGCGUGAAGGUGAUCAUGUGCUGGCGAUUAAUGGUGCAGAUGCAUUGGAUAUGUCACAUGCUCAAGCUGUACAGAUAAUUGAUCUUGCAUCAUAUACACUGGAGGUGAUUGUAGGCAGAUAUGAACGACAGCAAAAGAUAGAAAAAGUUUAUCUGGACAAUAAAUCUCUACGUUCUAAGCAAAUACCUGAAGAGAUCACAACAACUGAAUUACAACUUUUUUGGGAGAAAGGAAUGCCACUGAAACCAGCACGUAGAAAUUGGCCUCCACCACCUCCACAGCAGUAUGUUUCACCUCCACGAUCACCGCCGCCUACAGCGAAAUCACAUUCAGUUUCUAUACAUGUUCCACCUCCAAGACCAGUUGUGAUUCCAACGCCACCAGCACCUCAACCACAACCAGUACGUCCACAACCACCACCACCACAGCCUGUGAAACAACCUUCUAUUGAUCCACAUAUUAUUCCCCAUGAUCCAGAUGUAGCCAGUGUCUCAGUGAAACAAUUGAUGCGAGAAUUUGAUGUGCCACCGAUAGCACCUGAAUUGAAAAAAAAGAACUAUGCUGACUCAUCAUUCUAUUCGGAUCCUUCAAAAUAUUAUCCAACAAUUGAAGAACAAAUUGCAAUGGCUAGACGAGUUGCCAACAGUCUGCACGAUCCAUAUAAUCUUGAAUCAAAGGGGGCAUGUAUGUUUGAGAAACAACGACAAAGAGCAGAAAAAUAUGUCAAAGAAGGACCAGAGCCUAAACCAGAUCCAAUUGAAUCAGUGAGUAAUAUUCAGUAA